AUGGGGUGCAAGGGGUCCAAGCACGCGCUGCAUGGCGGCGGGGGCGGCGCGCUGGAUGCGCGGAAGUGCGCGUCGGGGCUCGUGGCGCGCCACUCCGUCGCGCUCCGGUCGUCCACGCUCGGCACGCUCAGCCUCGACCGCGCCACGGCCGCGGCGGUUUCUUUCGCAGGAGGGGAGGGGGCGGUGGCGGGGGCGACGGCGGCGAGGUCCGGGAAGGAGGGCGCGGCGGGGAGGUGCCGGUCCUUCGCCGGGUGGUUCCCGGCGUCGCCCAAGGUGGAGCCUGGCCAGCCGGUGAAGCGGCAGAGGCUGGCGCCCCCAAGGACGCCCACCAAGACGCCCGCGCGUGCCCCCGAGGAGAUCAACGUGUGGGAGCUCAUGGACGGGCUCGACGACGACGGCGCGGAGGACGAGGAGGAGGAGGAAUACGAUGACUGCGUGGACGGGCAGGUGGAGUCGGCGCCCGGAUCGCCGGAGUUCGACCCCGACGUCCUGUCGGCGUUCCGGGAGGCGCUCGCCGAGCUGUCGCCUCCUCCGCCGGAAGCCGACGACGCGAGCGACGGAGGGGCCGUCGUCAAGAAGGACGAAAUCGAGGUGUUCGCCGACGUCGCGAGCGACGGAGGGGCCGUCGUCAAGAAUGAGGAAAUCCAGGUGUUCGCCGACGUCGUGAGCGACGGAGGAGCCGUUGUCAAGGAGGAAAUCCAGGUGUUCGACGACGUCGCGAGCGACGGAGGAGCCAUCGUCAAGAAGGAGGAAAUUCAGGUGUUCGCCGGCGUAGUGCGUGCGCGGCUGGACGUGCUCCAGGGAAGGAUCGACAGCAGGUCACAAAAGAAUCCCCCGCCGCCACCGCCCCCGCCGGAGAGCGCGAGGCGGGUGGUCGUCUACCUGACGAGCCUCCGCGGCAUCCGGCAGACGUACGAGGACUGCUGGGCGGCGAGCACGAUCCUGUCCAGCUACGGCGUGCACGUGGACGAGCGGGACCUGUCGAUGCACGCGGGGUACAAGGAGGAGCUGCGCGACGCGCUCGGCGCAGGCGCCCCCGCCGCAGGCACCGGCGUGCUGCCGCAGGUGUUCGUCGACGGCUGGCACCUGGGCGGCGCCGAGGAGGUGCGCCGCAUGCACGAGUCCGGGGAGCUGGCGGAGGCCCUCGAGGCCUGUGAGCCGGCGCCGGGCGCCGCCGGAGGCGGGAAAGAUGGGCCGGGGGGCUUCGCCGCGGAGCCGUGCGGCGGGUGCGGGGGCGCGCGGUUCGUGCCGUGCGACGUCUGCUCCGGCAGCUGCAAGUUGUUCGUCGAGGACGAGGACGGCGCCGGGGCGUUCAGGCGGUGCCCGGACUGCAACGAGAACGGGCUACUGAGAUGUCCAAUCUGUUAA